UAUUGCUUGCACAUGCGCAAUGCGAUACCACUCACAAGGCGAAAUAAGACGGUUGCCGAAGUAGGAAAUCAAGUUGCGAAUUAGGGCUAUUUAAUCGCGUCGCUGGUCCCCAAAGUACGUCCACAAGUGUAGCAGGCGAUUGCAAGAGUACUAGGCUUGACUUGUCAGCCUCAAAAAGGCAGCCAUGGCAGAAGUGCCUGACCUGCCAUCUGCUGCAGCUCAUAUGCAUGAAAUGCACAAUGAAAUAAACCCCUGUGCUGUAGGAAAUACAGAUGUACCCAUGCUUAUUGAGGAAGAAAAGACCUCAGAGCAGAAGCAAAAGUUCUCAACUAAAACAGUGGAGAAUAUUGUCAAACAUGGGGAAGCCACAUCCACUGAAAAGGCUACCAGGGGUGUUGCUGCCCUAGAAGAAUGUGAUGGCCAAGAAGCUUCUGAUGAAGAUGAGUUCAAAAGUGAUGGGCUGGAAGAGUGCGAGGAGGAUGACAGUGACGGCCAUGAUGAUUCCUUAAAAGAAGUUGUUGAAGACUUGGAAAUUGACAUAUCUAAUCCUAAUACUCCAAGCAGUAGAGAUGACUCUGGUAUGGUAGAAGAUGUUGAAUCAAAGGAUAAUGAAGAUGGCACGGAGGGAAAGACAGAUGACCAGAAACCUAUCCGGAUGAGAGUUCUUAACAUGUCUGAUCUUGGCUGCUGUGAAUAUUGUGGAGGGCCUGUGAAGAAGAGAAAACUAGCCUCCCCGCUCAGAAGGUUUUGUUCUAAAGUUUGUGCCAAAGCUUUCAAAAGGCCUAAGAAAAGAGAUGAUGGAAGUGGACAGGAGUCUGGGGAGUCUGGUGCUGGUAAAUCUGAGCCAACCUUCAAGAUGACCUGGUCAAAGUACCUCAAAGCCAUCAAUGUAAAAGCUGCCCCCGACAACUGCUUCAAACAUACAACCCUAGAUGUCCCAGGUUUAAAACCAGGCAUGAAAUUAGAGGCAGUUGAUCGGAACAACCCUCCCUCGUUUUGUGUGGCCACUGUGAUCCGUUGCAGUGGGCACCGAGUGUGUAUCAGAUAUGACGGGUAUGGUGCCGACAGCAGUAAUGACAUCUGGUGCAACUUCCAAGCGGAUGAACUGCACCCCAUAGGCUGGUGUGCUCAGAAUGGCUACCCUCUACAGCCUCCCAAGGGCGUAGGAAGCAACCUGGAGGACUGGCGAACCUUCCUCACACAAACAUUGACCGGAGCUCUUGCAGCACCACAAGAUCUCUUCAAGAAGGCGCAAGAGAUUUUCAAACCGCGAGUUCAUGGUUUUGAAGUUGGUAUGAAGCUGGAGGUGGUCCAUCCACUGAAGCCAUCAAUCAUCUGUCCAGCAACAGUUACCAAGAGUCUGGGCCCAUACUAUUUUGCCAUCACCCCUGAUUACCAGCACGACCUCCCCACUACCACCAUGUGUUGCCAUAGUGACUCGCCUGGGAUCUUUCCUGUUGGCUGGUGCUAUAGGAAUGGUAUUGGGCUCACAUUUCCCUCUGACUACACGAAGAAGACGUUUUCAUGGGACAAGUACCUCUCACUCUGCCGUGCUACCGUGGCACCAUCCCAGCUUUUUAAGCAGAAAUUAAAGGCACACAAGUUCAAGGCUGGGAUGAAAGUAGAGGCAGUGGACUUGGAGAAUCCCUCCUCAAUUUGUGUGGCCACCAUCACAAAUAUUGUUGGACGUGUACUGCAGCUCUUUUUUGACGGCCAGUCGCGCUUCCAGUUUGUAGACGUGGACUCUCCUGACAUCUACCCCAUCGGGUGGUGCCACAACACAGGCCACCCGUUACUUACUCCUUUUGGAAUCAUGCCCCGAGACACCAAGAUGACAAAGACGACAGAGUCAGAGGUACUGGUUCUGCCCUCUUUUGACGAAGUUAUGGGAAGACAACAAGGCUCAGUGACCGCCGCCCCACCACUCCCUACUGCUCCUCCCAGGAAACCUGUCACUAUAGCUCCAAGAGCAAACAAAGAGCGCGAGAGUUCGAUUGACGAGAAAGACAUUGACAUGGACGACAAGUCAGGAGACAGCGAUCUCAGCGAAGAUGACCCUCUAGGGGAUGAUUCAACCUCGAUCGUCAGUCGGUUGGACAUUCCUAAUUCAUCGGAGCGCUUCUAUCACAACAAGAACCUGAUCUUCUUUAACAAAAGCUGCUGUAUUGGGCCCCUGCUGGACCCGGAGAAAGUGAAGGCUUUACCGGACGCCACCCCACCCGGCAAGGUCAGCAUGGUGAUCCGGCUGGGGCUCGAGAUGGUGGCCAAGGCGGCACAAGACCCGGAGAAGGUCAUGGAUCUGAUGCAGGAAGGGUGCGGGGUCCGGGUGGUGGUCAGACACAACGGCAAGCUGCUAAAGAAGGCCAUAUCUCGUGUGGACUCACGUCCCAAGCUUGAACGGUACCUGAAGCGUUUCUGUCGCCGUCUCAUUUGCUGCGAGUAUUUCCUCAGCCUCAAGCCUGUGGGCUCACCAUGUCCUGAUCAGUGCAAAGCGGACGAACAAGGAAACCUUCAAGGCCCCAAAGGCCUAAAAGCCAAGCGCUCACGUGAGUACUUCGAAGUCAAGCACCUCGGCCUCGAGAAAAAGAAGCGCGGUCGGAAGCGGAGGUCUGAGCUGAUGGGUAUCCCAGGAGCCAACGGGGCCCCGCUCAUAAAGAAAGUCAUGACGGAUAAUGGGAUCCCUGUGGCAGGGCCUCUCCUCUCUAGCGUAGUCCGACCUCGCCAACUCGCGCCCGCGUGCAACCUCCAGCAGAAUGGCUCGGUGGCUCGGCCCGCGAUGACUUCUGGGGUCAUACCUGGGGUCCAAACCCCCGUGGUCAGAUUCCAAGGCCCGGUUGCUAGUGGCCCGGUAACGGUAGUGCGGCCUUCUAGUGCCAAUCCCCAGAUUGCACCACGGCCUGCAGUCAUUGCGCCCGGCCCGGCCCCCCCUCGGCUCAUUGCGCCAUCCACUACAGCAACUUUGGUUAAAAAGGAGCCCAUGCCAGGAACGCCACGAACACUAAUCGUCAGCAACCCAUCAUCCAGCCAACACGUCAGCACCAUCAUCACGAACAUUUCCGGUCAGCGGUUUGCCACUAGCUCGAACACUGCCGGCACUACAAUCACCUUUGGCCCACCCCCAAACGUGACAAUUUGCUCAUCGUCUGUACCGCCUCCGUUGCUUACCCGAAUGUCAGAUACCAAUGCUAUGGUAAACCAACCAUCUGGGCUUGUAUCCGGAAGUAUUGUUUCCAUCACCUCUUCCGGUCACGUGCACUCGAGAGGACCCCCUAAUGUAGUGGUGAGCUCCGCUCAAAGCGUUAUCACUUCAGGGGGGACACUUUCCGUGUCUGAGGGUCCGGUACCACAGGUUGGGGUCAUCAGAGCGCCCAUUGUCAUCCCUCCACACAUUAAGGAAGAUGGUCUAUCCAGGCCCCCCAUCUUACAACCUGUCAAGCUACCACAGGGACCCCGAAUGCAGGGCAGACCAAUUUCGGGGAGCGUCUCGCAAUCCCGGCCUUUGGAUCCAGCGGGCAACGCGUACAGCCCCAGACCGUUGUACACGACUUCCGGAAACCUUAUUCGUCCACCGCCUCUCUCGUCAGCUUCAUCGCAAACACGCUUACCCGUCAUACGCGCGGGACACCCCGCCUCAGGGGCCAUCACUAGCGCAGCGAAUCAGAGGCCGAUUAUGCCGAACUAUCAGGCGUUUUCUCAGGGCGUGGCUCGAACACAGGGCUCUUCGCAUACCCAUGUUCACGGCUUGCUCCAGGCGCCGAAGGGGGCCAUUCGCCAAGUGCCUCACACGGGGGCUGGGCAAAGUGCGAGGACCAUUAUCACCAACGGGAAUAUCCAGGCUAUGAAACCAGGCGUAAUUCAAACAAUCCACCACUCCGCAAACUCUGUGGUCUCUCAGCCCCGACCGAUUGCCGCCGCUUCUCCGAAGCAUCAUUUAAGCAAUUCGACGUUCGUCCGAACAUCGACAAUCGCUUCCGGACCGAUGCUGAGUCGCCCCGAGAUGGACGGUAGACGCUUCGUUGAUGACGACGAGGACGAAGGAGGCGCCGAGCACGCGCGUGAGGGCGGUGACGGAGGCAUGGUGCCGGUUGCUGGGCAACCAGAAGUACGCAAGAAGCGGGACCUGUGGUGGCUGAAGAAGAAACGAAGAAAGCGAUCUCGUCUGACUUUUAUAAAGCCGAGGAAUAAACGCAAGGAUGUCGACGAGCCAGGAUCCUCUGAUAUGGCGAACAUAAAGCAUGAACCAAUGGAAGAUGAUGCCGACCUUCACGAAUUUGGCUCAUCGGAGAAGUCGACGCGCGGGAGGCUUAUGAAUAAAGAUGUGGUGCUUCGCCUUGCAGGGGAGGGAGAGGGGCAGUUCCUUAUCGGCGACGAGACUGACCCUGAUUGGGACGAGAGCUUUGAACGGAAGAAGAUAAAAGUUCCGAAGAAGAAGGGGAUGGGCCGUGGUGGAUCACGAAGAGAUGGAACGCCCGAGCUUUCUCCCUCAUACACCGGCAACUCGCCCCAGUUUCUCCUCCCCUCGUCCUCAGACAUGGCCGAUAACCCGUAUGCGCGACGCAUGGUGGUCAACUCGUCCCCAGGUCCCGCCUCGCCCGGGUUCAGCACAGAAUCCCCAAGGGGUAUGUCUACCCAGAAAUCAUCUCGAGGUGGGAGGUCCGCCUCCUUUUCAUCCAGUGAGGGAAGAGGUCGUGGGCAUUCCUCCUCUCCGUACCCUCCUCAGUCAGCCAUUCGCUCUGCCUCUACUUCCAACGCCCCAGCCAGCUCCAGAGCACCAGUCCCCUCGCGGCCCAAGAAGAGCAUCGGCAUAAAUACGUCACUUCCGGGCUGCUUGAAUCAGCGGUCGCCUGACCUCCCCACUAAUCCAGUGGUGUGGUCUGUCGAUCAAGUCGUGGCCUACAUCCGGUCUACAGAUUGCGCUCAGUACGCAGCGGUCUUCCAGGAAGAGGAGAUUGACGGACCUGCCCUCAUGAUGUUGACACGUGACGCUCUCAUGCAGUUCACGCCCAUGAAGCUCGGCCCAACCCUCAAAAUGUGCAGCUACAUCGCGCAGCUCAGACUGAGGGCCAGGUGACCAAGCAAUUGAAGGCAACGGCCAAUCGAUCGCUGACAUGUCAAGGCAUGCUGGUUAACCAAUUGCAUAGCUAAAUUGCGUAGCUCGCGGUCAGGUGACAGGCUGGGCAGCCAGGCUUUUUGCUAGAUGACGGGGUUACAAUGCCACGUUAUUGCUAGUGCACAAUAAUGAAAUAGAUGAAAAUCUUAGGUUUCUAGUAUCUCGUUCCCAGUGUGAUCGGUAAGCUCGGGGCCGGUGCAGUGAAACUGAGAAAUCUACAAUUGAGUUUGCAGAGCAAUCAAGUAUUCCUCUCCAGCCCUCCAGUGCACAUGUCUGAUAUUGUCAAAGCCCGUCGAUCGACAGUACUGGACGCAAGACUAGUUCCAGUACCACGCGGUUAAACCAGCCUUUUGUUUUGAAAUGGCGGCGUUUUACCGGCGAACUGUCACAUUUUGACAAUGCUAAGAAAACUAGAUCAAACUUAAGGCUAAAAUUUUCUUUAUGACCCCCUCAUAAUCAAACAAAUCUGUCAUCUUUUGUACAGUAUGGUUUUAAUGCUGUACAGUUAUUCAAAACAGCGACCGAAGUCAGCCUUCGUACCUUUACUCGAACGAUUCAACAAUGAGGUUUUUUUUGUUUUCGCCAGAACACGCGCAUGCGCAUACGUUAUUCAGCACUGUUCCGUCUAUCCGACUUACUGGUUUCGUAGGCUUUGAAACCCUAUGGAAAUGAGAUGUUCAUCUCAGUUAAAUCCGCUUGAAUACGACGAAUUUCAAUCCAUCCUACAAUCAAAACAGUUCAAUUUUAUUUCUGGAGUAUCAAAUAAUACACGGAAAGUUGUAUUCUCAAAAAUAGUGAGAGUUUUGAAUAAAUAAAAUAAAAACAACAUUGUUACGCAAGUUGGACCUACGGAAUUUAAACAGUCUGUCAGCCGCCAUUUUGUCAUCCUUGCAAAGUACCAAGUGCGAAAAAGCAUCCAUUUCCAUCGGCGGAUUUGGGGAAGCCAACGCGAUAUUUUCUAUUGAAUUUGGUAAAUGGAGUAUCAAACUUUAUUUUUAGAUAGUUAUUUCGAGAUUUUAGUACAUCAUUCAGUGCCGUUGCCGGCCUGAAACAUUAAGGAAAUAUUGAGGGGGGGGGGGGGGGGUGGCACACCAACGCCCUUACUAGUUAUUUCCUUAUAAUUUUUGAAAAUAUUGGGGGGUGGGGCAUGCCCUAGUACUUGUGACGAGAAUAUAGGCCUUUUCUUCUUGACUAAUUCAGUAGAGAAUUUGCCAACAAUCGCGAUGUCUUUGCAGUUGAUGAUAGAAUGCAUGACCCCAAAAGUCAACUUAUGAUCAAUCGAUUAUGAAUCGUAAACUCUUGUAAUAAAUGGUUUUGGUAUUCUUGGUAAUAAAUGGAGUAUUGAGUA